AAACUGAAUUCUGAAUAUAUGAGGAAUGGCUAGUGAAUCUGACUGGCUUUCUGAAGCUGCACUGACUCAGGUAAUUGGUUUAACUCAGCUCAGCUGCUGAAGAAACUCAGAGAACUAUCCUGUUUGGCGUUGAAGCUUCACUGAUGACAGCCCACUGCUGCCAGUUCGGAUCAUCUUAAUGACUUUGUUUGACCUCUAGCAUGUGGAAUCAAGGCUGCAGUCAGGCUGCACAUGUGAUUACUUCCACUGGUGAAACCUUGAGCCACAAAGCAACAUCAUCAAUGGCGCAUAAAGCCCACCUUGAGAUUUUCCCCUGCACCGUCUCUCAGCUGCUGGCUGCUCCUCAGCUCUGCAAUGACUGCUUCACUAUCUGUGACUGUGAGCUCAACCAGGUGUCUAUUGUUGGUGUCAUCAGAGGAUUUGCUCCGUUUGUGACCAACGUCCAGUACGCUGUGGACGACAUGACCGGUCCACCCCUGAAUGUGAAGCUGUGGGUUAACAUGGAGGACUCUGCACAGACGACUGUCGCUUCUCCAGGAAUGUAUGUGAAGGUGAUUGGAAGCCUACGCAGCUACAGUGGACAGAGGUCACUACUGGCAAUGAAUGUCCGACGUAUAAAGGACCUGAAUGAGAUCAGCUCCCACAUGUUGGAGGUGGUACAAGCUCAUAUGCAAGUUUCCAGAAAGGUCUUUGAUGUGAACAUGAACACCACUGUGGCAUCGCAGCCUGACUGGAGCAGUGGGACGCGUCCUCAAGGCGUUUUACCAAAUGGCUUGUCUACAGUCCAGGGCCAGGUGUUGCAUCAAAUCCAAGUGUUCUCUGUCCAUAAUGAUGGCAUCAGUUUCCACGACCUGACAAGAAACCUGGACUAUAUUAGCAUGCGAGACAUUAGAUCUUCCUUGGCUUUCCUUGCAAGUGAAGGUCACAUCUUUUCCACCAGUGAUGAGCAUCAUUUCAAGGCAGCAUAACUUCAGCUGCCUCUGCCGGCGCCAUCAUCAAAUAUCCAAGAAACACAGAGUGACGAGACCAAAAUGGAUAUGACUGUUAUUAGGAUUCAUCUAUGCUUGAUAUUUGUAUAUUAAAGUAUAAUCUAUAGCUCUCUGUUGGCUGUGUGUGAAACGAGGAGGAGGAGGUUUAGUUGGUCCCUGGAGAAAUCUCCUGCUGAGCUUACCUUCCUUUUAUGUUUCCACUCUAGUCUGAAUGCUGACAAUGCUGCUGUCUAUGCCACAAAAAGCCCUUAAGAGUGCUAAUUAAUAAACUUUAUUUUAUUUCUAAGCAAA